UCUCUCUCUCUCUCUCUCUCUCAUGUGUCAUAUGAGCAGUGUGGAUUACUGUAAGGGACAGAGGAAAGCUCAGUCUUAGUCGAGCAGGACUGUGUGAUGAUCUGCUUCAACAUGAGGACCCUUCCAGUCAGCUUUCUCCUGCUGCUGUCUGUCUGGAGCGUGUGUGUAUGGGCUGACAGCGGGAGGAUACGACAGAAGCGUGCAUGGAUCAUCGAUUCAUUUAGUAUUGAGGAAGAACACCCUGGUCCAUUUCCAUACACCCUAGGCAAGAUUACACUUGAAAAGUCUUAUUUAGUAAAUUUCGUGCUACGUGGUAAAGGUGUGGAUGAAGAUCCAAAGAAUAUUCUCAGCAUUACAGACACAGGUGAAAUUUUAGUACUUGGAAAGGUGGAUUAUGAAAAAAACACUGAACCUCUCCUUUUGAAAUUUGAAGCAAUAAAUAAAUCCAGUAAUGUAUUGGAUGCAAGGUUUGGGCUUGAGAUCAAAAUAUUGGACAUAAAUGACCAUGCACCAAAAUUUCAAAAGUCAGUCUAUGAAGUGACAGUGGACGAGUCACAUGCUCAAGACAAAAGUGUACGGACUGUUAAUGCAACUGAUGAUGAUGAUUCAGAAACAAACAAUGGAACAUUCAGUUUCACAAUAAAGUCUGUCACACCAAAAACAGAUAAUGUUGAAUUUUAUAUUCAGCAGCAAAAAGAAACUGGGACCAUAUAUUUUAAGGGGUGUUUGGACUAUGAGAAAGCUCAGAAAUAUACAGUCCUUGUUGAAGCAAAGGACAAAGGCGAAAAGAUACAGCUCUCAAGUACAAGUACAGUGAUAAUCAAUAUUUUGGAUAAUAACAACAAUCUUCCAGAGUUCUCUGGCAAACCAGGACCAGAGAAGGUCAAGGAGAGAGAAGCUGGGGUUGAAGUUCUGCGACUGCAAGUAACAGACAAAGAUGUCCGUGGUUCAAAAGCUUGGAAAGCCAAAUACAUAAUUUACGUAAAAGAGAUAUUCAAAAUAGAAACAGACCCUGUUACGAAUGAAGGGAUUUUAACAGUUGUUAAGCCAAUGGACUACGAGGAGCAAACAUAUCACAAUCUAUCCAUCAGUGUGCAGAACGAAAUUCCUUACUUUUCCUGUAAGAUUAAAAAGAAAGAACCGAAUGCCACGUGGGAGCUUGACCAAAUACCCCCAAACUCUGACAUGAGUGUUGCAGACCUCUAUAAUAGCAUUCCAGUGACCAUUUAUGUUGAAGAUGUCAAUGACCCUCCGGUGUUUAUACCCCCUGUUAAACAUGUUGCAGUAAUGGAGAACAUAGAUGUAGGAACAAGUCUUACAACCUUUACCGCUAAAGACAUGGAUGGAAGCCAUGUAAACACAUUUAUAUUUGUUAAAGGUGAAGAUAUUGAUGGAUGGAUAACUGUUGAUGCAAAGACAGGACAAGUAUCCACAGCUAAAAUUCUGGAUAGAGAGUCGCCAUUUGUUAUAGACGGCACCUAUAUAGCAACCCUGUAUGCUGUGGAUGAUGGUGUUCCUCCGCUGACAGGCACUGGAACUCUAGUGAUUCACCUGAAUGAUCAAAAUGAUAACGUACCAAUACUGGAGGUGAACAAAGUCAGCGUUUGCCAAGAUAGAGAGCCCACACUGGUCAACAUCACAGCCGUAGACCUGGACUUUCCUCCGUAUGGACCACCUUUCUACUAUGAGCUUUUAGGAGAUGUUAAGGACAAAUGGAGGGUUGAACCCGCUCAUGGCACAACGGUGGGUCUUGUAAAAGAAAACAAAGUGUUUUCAGGUCAUCACCUCCUCCAGAUCAAAAUAUCAGACCAGCAGGGAUUAUACUCCAUCCAGAACCUGACGGUCACGGUGUGUGACUGCUCUAUCACUCCCAACUGCCAUGUCAAGAUGGUCUCAAAGGCUCGGAUGGGGCCUGUUGCUGUCUGGAUGCUUGUUCUUGCAGUUCUGGUUCUCACAGCAAUGUGCUUAAUGAGUCUACUAAUCUCCUGCAAGACAGAAAUGAUUGCACUGAAUGAGGGCCUCAGUCAUCUCAUGACAACAAAUACAGAAAAUCCAGGAACUGACUGCUUGGUGCCUUCCUUUCACAAAAUUGAUUCUUACAACGUAACCGGUAUAAAUGUGACUACAAAUAUAAACUCAAGCCAGAAGGUAACAUCACAAACCGUGAUGCAUAAAGGACAGCAGACAGUUUCACAGGCUCCACCGUCAGUCUACACCAACCAGCCAUUCAACCGCUCAAUAUAUAGGAAUUCCACAAGACAUACAUACAGAGGAAAUUUUGAGCAAUCGAGCAUCAGAUCAAGUUUUAGAAGCAUGCAUUCCUACAAAAUUAAUGCAUCUUACUCGGGUGAAAACCUUGCCGUUCUCAUCAACCAGAAACUAUUUGAUCUCCAAACCCGUGAUGAAGAACAUGGUAUUUACAAACCGCACUGUUACGCAGAUGAAGGACAACCUAUGGACAAUGAUGAACUGGAUGCAAUAUCCAUUCCAGAAGAUGACUUUCAACCAGAGAUGCUCAGAAAUCUGGACAGCAGGUUCAGUCAACUAGCAACAAUCUCCAGACCUGACCUGAUGAGGAGGUGAAAUUAACUCAGGACGUGUAGCCAGUGUAUAUAUAUAUAUAUAUAUAUAUAUGUAUACAUAUGUAUACAUAUGUAUACAUAUAUAUACAUAUAUAUACUGUACAUAUACAUAUAUACAUAUAAAUAUAUAUAUAUAUAUAUGUAUAUAAACUUUUUUAACAGUUCUACAGUAUGAAUGAUGAUAAAUAUUUAUUUUUGCACUUUUUAAUGCAAAAAUAUUGUUAUAUUGUUAAAUUAUAUUGUUAUAAAUUAUAUUGUUGGAAUAUUGUUAAAGUUUUAGGUGAGCUCAGGUUUUUUGACCUUUGUUCUAUGUAUUUUUAUUAUGUAUUUUUUUGUUCUGUGUUCAUGUGGAAUCAUUUGAAGACAUUAAAUGCAAAAAGAAAUAUGGUGGAGUAAUAAUUUGAUAAAACCUCCUUAAAGAGUAGUACUUGGGUGGAUGUUGAUGAUAGAGUUUUUAGGAGCUGAUAAGUGUGUUUGAAGAGAGCGUAAUGCAAAAUCAUAUCUGUGACAUAUCUGGGUCUGUUGUUUUCUUGGGCGUGACAUUUCGUCACCUUGGAAUCACAAGGUUCUAUCUGACAUUUUUUAUUUUUUUUCAUUCAGACAUAUUUAUUCUGUGACAACAUGUGUUUGUAAGAAACAACCAAUCAGGAUCAACUAUCUUUGUCAUGUCACUAGACUGCUCCCUAACAGAAGGAAAUAUGUGAAAUAUUUUAACUGUCAAAAAGCAGGCAAAAGCACGCACAUCAAUCUCAACUGGAUGCUCGACCAAGAAACAAGCGGAAAAAUAUUUAAAUGCAAAGUCAGCAACACCAAAGCUCCAAAAGUAUCAAAAAAUGUAUUAUUAAGAAGCUAUUGCAUAGCGUAUGUAGUGACGUUUCAAGCACGCAGGCUCUUCAUCAGACAGCCUUUGUAACUGUUAUUAAAAUAUCAGGAGAGUGUUACGCUAUUGCAGCGUGUUAGAUUGGCGAAACCCAUGCAUAUAAGGGUUAAACUUUGUGGAAAUAACUUUGCUGAAGCAUUGUCUCUUUUCUUGCAGUUUAAAGUCUUAAAAUGUCUUACAUUUUACAAUAUUAAUCUUUAAAGGUCGAAUCGUCAAAAAUUUAAUUUGAUGGGGUCUUAAUAACAAUAAUCGUUAGCAUGUUAUCUCGGCCAUACUGAUCUCUAGAGAGACAGAUCCCACUUUAUGUGGAAUAAAGUCCUGGUCAGAUGUAUUCCAGUAGCUGCUAAAACUGUUCCUGCAAUGAUGUGUUUAAUUAUCCACCAUAUUCCUACCGCAAAUUAACAUCUGCACUGGACAAAUUAUUUGGCACUGCCUUUUAUGCUUAACUUGAACAAGAAAAUUUUAUAUAUAUAUAUAUAUAUAUAUAUAUAUAUAUAUAUAUAUAUAUAUAUAUAUAUAUUUGUUGUAAAAUAUUCAAUAAAUGUCAUAGAAAGCAUUAAAUUUACUUUCUCAUACAUGACGGCACAUUGUAACAACACUAAUUUUAUGUUUUAAAACAGUUUAUAAGUAAACUGUAUUUCUUGAAGUUGUUUCUUCUGUGAAUGUUUUGCAAGAUUGAACCUUAUAAUUCAAAGCGGGAAAUGACUUUUUAGAAGGUUCUAUCUGCAUUUGACCUGUUCCAAAAAUCCCCAUUUACAAAUCUGAAAGGAUUUUAAUAUUGUACAUUUAGAAUACAUUUAGGGUCUCUGUUAUUUUCAUGUGUGAAAGAGACUUGUUCCUCAUAUUACUUUUGCUAUAUAGAAUGCAAAAACUUUGAAGUUGACUUUCUCAAAACCGCUCAAAAAGCAGAUGAUAGAACCUUAUAAUUCCAAGGUGGUGAAAAUGUGUCAGCGAGGAAACUGCUCUGUUGUUUCAGGUGCUUUUAAACCUUUGCUGUAAAAUGUGGAACUGUGACUGUUCUUUUUUUUUAGUAUUAUUUGUACAUUGGUGCGUGGGAAUCGAUGAAUGUUUAAUAAAGCUCCACAAAGCAUAA